AUGGUGUCAUCACAGGCGCGAUACGUCGCCAUCCCCACCAUCGAAUCCAACGCCGGCGUUGGCUCGCCAUCCUCCUCUUCCUCUUCCAGACACACUUCCGCUUCUUCUUCGCUCUCCUCUUCUCCACGUCAAAACUCAGAUGCAACGUUAUACCCAUACCCGGCAGGCCAUGAUCAGCCAUACGAGCUCUCGGAAAAAUCAGCAUGGCAUUCGCGCGUCACCUCGAAUCCGACCUACCCUCCACACCACUUGGGGGCGGUCAAGAGCAAUCAAUCCUUGACAGAAGGCGUCGUGCACCUGUGGCGCAAGUGUAAGACGACCGUACUGAUAGCUAUCUGCUUCCUGCUCGCGCUUAUGCUGUUUUGGCAGUCCGAUCAUCGCGAUCCUGCGAUAGGCGCUUCUUCUUCUUCUUCUAACUCCUCCUCCUCCUCCUCGUCGUCGUUGCCCAUCACCACCACUGCACUGCCUACAUUGCACAUGGCCCAACCGAGCAAAUCUUACCGGCUGGAAGACGACAUGGUGCUCAUCACCAAAGUGGGUUCAGCCACGGCUCACAAGCGGCUGCUCAUCCAUCUCGCCGAACAGCCGCUGUCAAAUCUGUACACGCCCAACCAUAUCUACGUCUCGGACUUUGCGCUCACUCUGGGCAACAUUACAUUCUACGAUGCGCUCGCUAACGUCUCCACCACAAUCGCGCAGUUGGACGAGUUCAAGUCGCUGCGUGCAGAACUCACGGCGCUCAUGCAGAGCAACCAGGACCUGGACGACAUGUCGCAGAAGGACGGUGGGUGGAAGCUGGACAAGUACAAAUUUCUGCCUGCAAUCGCCGAGGCGUAUCGUCGGUUCCCUGCGAAAAAGUGGUACGUGAUGGUGGAGGCGGAUACGUUUCUGUUCUGGAAUCAGCUGGUCAAGUGGUUGUCGACGUUGGACGAAAACAAGCAGUUGAUGAUUGGACAUCCUAGCUUUUGCGAUUACGAUGGGCAGAGCACCAUGUUUACCCACGGCGGCUCGGGGAUCGUUCUCAGUAAAGCGAUAGUGGAAGCGUCGUUCGGCCAAGAUAGCGAUUUCGAGCAUACACAUGAUGAGCUGAUCCAGAAAUCCGCUUUUGGCGACGCGCUGCUUUCCAAGAGCAUCUACGACUCGCCUUUGGUCACGCUCAACGAGCUCAGCCCGGAAGGAGGCGAAAAAUUCAACAGCGAUCCACCGCGCGUGCUCAAGUUUACACGCGACAAUUGGUGUACGCCGAUCAUGUCGUUUCACCACAUCACCCCGGCGGAUGCUGCACACCUGUACGACUUUGAACGACGCAUCGAGGCUCGGCUGGAUUCCAAAGACCUGGUUCGAUGGGCGGAUGUCUGGGACGAGUUCAUCCCGAACUUCCUCAAGGAUGCCAUGGAUCAAGUGGGACGCUUUGAUGCUGACUCGCACCUCGCCGAUCACAGUGCCGAGCCAGGCGAGGUGGGCGUCGUCGGUUGGCAGGCCAUCGAGCAUUGGGACAGUGAAACGACCGAUCUGACCACGCUCGAUGCGCUCGAGUGCCAAAAAUGGUGUCGAGCCCACACGAAUUGUCUCCUAUGGCAGUGGAGGCGCGUCAAAAGUCAAGACGCAUCGGACCAGGUCGAGUCGGGCAAGUGUCGAUUCACCACAGACUUCCUGCGCAUCGGCUUGACAAAACCCAACAACGACGACGGCCUCACGAGCGGCUGGAUGGGGACACGCAUCGAUGCAUGGAGAAGAGAUCACGAGUGCAGCGGUCGAACCGGGCUCAAUUCGUACAAUCUAGACGACCUCGACUAA